CUGAGAAGAGGCGAAAAAUUCUGGUAGACUGGGAACUAGUUCGCUGGUGCUAUGACGUCACAACAUUUGAAUAAUCGGCACGGCUGUGUCGCGAAUCUGUUUUUCUCGUUUCUUCCCCGUUGACUAUGAGUAGUGAUUUUGAAAGUUCUGCUGGCAGUGAUUCUUCUGAGUCCGAGGCAGAAAGUGAUACUGUGCACGAGGCUGGUAUUUAUAAUCCAUACCAGUUUGAGCCGAGAGCAGAAGAUGAAAUCGCCGAUGCAGCGGACAACACGGAGCAAGAUGAAGACGGUUUGUCAGCUCAUACGUUAGACCAGAGACAAGAAGGUCUUGUAGUCAUUAAUUCGUGGUGCAAAUGUGGAAAGUGUGCAGUCGAUUUGUUAGAAGGAGCGAGGGAGUUUCGUUGUUGUCAGGAGGUGAAGCCUGUGUUAGGUAAACUUGUGUUUGAUGGAACGGCUGACCAGAUCAGGUGUGUUUGCGACCAUCCUGACUUUGCCCACAUUACUUAUCGAGCAGUACUUCUACUUUCUGGGCCCUUAUUAAGAGGCAAAGACGGCAGACCGUAUAAGAUGCGUGGGAAGUCGAAAACAUGUGAAAAUGAGUAA